AUGGCCCUCGCCGACGGCGCGAUCCUCGGCGACCAUCUUGAGAAGAUUAACGAGCGGAUUGAUGUGUCCGACAAUGGUGGUUCGGGACGAUCGCGACGAGCCAUGAGUGUUGGAAAUGUUGUCAUCUAUUUCGAGAACGGUUGGUGUGUCACACUUUGGGAGAAAGCUAAUUUGCAGAUCGAGUAG